UGGGGGGGUGGGGGGAGCGGGGCGGGGCGAUGGAUAAACUGACCAUCAUCUCAGGAUGUCUCUUUCUGGCCGCCGAUAUCUUCGCCAUCGCCAGCAUCGCCAACCCGGACUGGAUCAACACCGGGGAGUCGGCGGGAGCACUCACUGUGGGCCUAGUACGACAGUGUCAAACAAUCCAUGGACGAGACCGGACCUGCAUCCCUCCCCGGCUUCCCCCAGAAUGGGUCACCACCCUGUUUUUUAUCAUCAUGGGAAUUAUUUCCUUGACUGUCACAUGUGGUUUGCUGGUGGCUUCCCACUGGCGAAGAGAAGCUACAAAAUAUGCUCGAUGGAUAGCAUUCACUGGAAUGAUCCUUUUCUGUAUGGCUGCCCUAAUAUUUCCAAUAGGAUUUUACAUCAAUGAAGUCGGAGGUCAACCUUAUAAGUUACCCAACAACACAGUAGUUGGGUCAUCAUAUGUACUUUUUGUCUUAUCGAUUUUCUUCACAAUAGUAGGACUUCUCUUUGCUGGCAAAGUCUGUUUACCAGGCUGACGAAUGUCUAAACGGCUUAACUCGCUUUUAUUUUUUUAUUUUUUUUUUAUUUUUAUUUUUUUUCUUUUUAGAGGUUGGGAGGACAGAGCAGUCAUCUGGGCAGUCCUCUCAUAGGAAGAUGCUUAGAUGAACGUGAUGCUGAAAAGGAAAAUGUUUUGAUUUGUUCUCACUAUGCACUUUGGAUUUAAAAAAAAAAAAAGAAUGAGAGCCUUUUCCAUAACCAAAUACAAUAUUGACUAAUUCUCCUGAGCAUAUUCAGGCAGUCAGUCUGCACUGUGAUAGCGACCUAGUGAAGGAGAGUGCUUUAUACUGAAAGCAUGCGGCCCCUUGUGACUCCGUUGAUCUGUUUUUAAUGUCUCAUGAUUCAUUUGGGAGGAGGGAGUCUAGUAUUUAUGAAUCGUCAUGGACCAGAGGGGUGCAGGAGGUUUGUGUGGGGCUGGCCUCACCUCCUAAGACAUUAGUGUUCUCAACUUCUUUGUCAUGUUAUGAGCCUUUGGCACCACAAUGGAUUGCCAUUGCAUUACUGCACCGAGAAGCCAAUAGAUCAAAACUUGUUUGCUAAAAUGUAUGUAAAAAUUCUAAAACUCCCUAAUCUCCAUGUACAAAAGAAAAAAGAAAACACUAAGAAACAAGUUUGGGGCGGGUGGGGGAAAUCUUCCUUAUAUUUAUAUAAAUAUAUAUAUAAUAUAUAUAUUUUGCUGAUGCAGUAUACAGUGUGUAUAUGUGUGUGUGUGUAUGUGUGUGUACAUUUAUAUAUGCACACAUGCAAACAGUUCCUGGAAGAGAACUCUGAAUGCUUGCUAGCAAAACACUGUGGUGUGCAACCUAGAACUCAAUAGAAAAAAGCCAUUUAUCUGAAGGCUGCAUAGUGGAGAGAGUCUUCAGUUUACCUCAUUCUUUGUAGUAGCCCUUGAUUUUGACAGGUUUCUGUAAUAGGUACAAAUAACUCCAUACCUUUCUAGGUGCAAUUUUCAGUUAAGCUAAAGGUUCUUUCUAGGUUUAAUUUAUUUGUAUAUGAUAGUGAAGAAGGUCAUGUCAAACCUUGUAGGUUGGAACCUGACACUGUUAAAAUGAUUGGUGACUGUCAUCCAUUGUAUUAUAGAGGUUUGUUUUUUCCACUGGCUCAGUCUUCUGCAUUAAUAAUGCAUUGUAUAUGUUCAAGCACAUAACUUCACAUAAACACUUAAGUUCACUAGCAGAUAUCUGGCCAUUUGGACUAUUUACAACACUAAUUCUAUUCUACCAUAAAAAUUGCAUUUUAUCUGAAAGAAUUAAUACGUCUUUACCAAACACUUGAGCAAUAUAUUUCCUUUUUAUGCUUUACACCUUUGUUUGCUUGAAAAGCUAAAUCUUUGCCUUUGUUUUGAAGGCUGCAUUAAACCCACGGCCUUAAGGGUUUUUCUAGAAGCAGCAGUGCAGCUGACCCUGAACUCACAAGUACUUUAAAACACAGUCCCUUCUCCACAUUUCCAUGCCUGUGGAAAAAUCCACCUAGAUUUUUCCUGGUGAACAAUAUAUAAUCCUAUGUUUGAAGUUCGUCACAAAGGUGUUUCAUGGCAGUGGAGCUGAGUUUGUCCUCUCUAGAUGUCCCUGUUGGUGAGCAAAAGAGAGUCCCACGCAGCCUGGGUUUAUACAAGCAUGAAUGAUUUCUAAGGAACUUGAUGGACUAUUCCUCACAGAAUGGUUUCUCGGAGGUGGAGUUGCCUCCUCAGAGACACUCUAGAACAGAGGGUUCCGUUUACUUCCCACCACCUGUUAUUCACCGGUUUCAGUAUUCAAUUGUGGAUGGAAAUCCAGUGUUUAGGCUCACACAGGAACCCUGGAGGAGACCCUUCUGUGUGAGAACCCUGUAGUAAAUCAGAGGAAGGACAUUUUCUACCAAGUGUUGCUCCAGUCAGUUCUAAGGCCACCACUAGACAUGUCCUGUGGACAUUGGGGACUGGACUCUGAUUGGUCCUCAGUCAAAUGGGUCACUCUGAAGGAAAGCUUUGGUAGUUGGCUUUAUACCACUGAUAUGAAGGGUUAGCAAAGUGUAGUUCAAACUAACUGACAUGACCAAGAGCUUUUCUCUUUCAAAAGAUGGAUUUUACUGUAAAUAGUUUCUCAAGAUAUUUUUAACUGGAUCAUGAGCAUGGGGAGAGAAAGUUUCUCAGCUGCUAUGAAUUUCCCCGCUGUUUACUUCUCUCACAGUGGUAUUGCAUAUAAGAUUACAAAAUUUUAGGAUUUAUUUGUAUCUAUUACCCAAACCAUUAAAUUGUCUUUAAUUUCAUCAUUGUCUUGGAGGACCAGUGCAUGAAGAGCUAGUCCCUCUAGCCACUCAGCGCUCUCACCCAGGACUAAGACCAUCCUAUCAAGUAGUGUGUGAAGUCCCGUCUUUGUAAACUCUCCCAGACCAAAUGUUGUUGAAGUGGACUCAUCUGUAUAAUCUGUCCUGGAAGUGGAAGGACACCCAGCUGCCAGCAGCUGCUGUUAAAAGGUCACUAUGAGUACUACAUAGCACAGUAUUAAUUUAUAGCAGGAUCAUAUCUUGUAAAAUGUAUAUAAAACACUUUUAUGGUGCAAUCAUUUGUCAAAUUUUUGUCUGUUACAUUGUUCUUAGAGUGUAUGUUCUUCUCAUGCCUAAGAAUAUCACUGUAAAAUCUGCUGAAAACUAUUUUUUAGGUUUUAUUUGCACAAGGCUGAAUUUGUUUGAGUUUUUGGGAAGCUCCUAUUGAACAAGCCUAAACAUCUGUAAAGAUAAAAAUCUUCAAUUCAUUAAAAGCCAACAUUUCAGUACAA